GGGGACUUUCCGGAUACGUCACUCGGGGCUUCCGCGUUACGAAGCUAGCGCUACAUCCGCGCUCAUGUCGGUAGACGCCGUUAAAACGUCGCCGCGUCGCUCCGCAGUUCACGUUAAACACACCAUGAAAACGCCGGAGGCUCCCAGCUUCGCCGGCGGGGCCGAGUACUGAGUCGUCGCGGUCCGGAGCGACGGUCCGACCGAGAGGCGGAAUGUCAACAACGCGGCCCCUCCUCGGAAUGCGACGAGUCACCGAGCUAGCGUGCGCGGAGCAGCCGGGCGGCAGGCUCCCCGCGGCGGGGAGGCAGCAGCAGCAGGACGGCCCCACCGUGGACGAGUUCACGGUCCCCGAGGAGAAGGAAGAGGAGCUGAAGUGCGCCAAGCCCCGGGUGGAGCAGGUUUUCAAAGUGACGUUCACCAUCAUCGGGCUGCUGGACCACACGGGACAGCCGCACGGCAGCAAGACCUCCCGGCAGAUAUGGCUGCAGCUCCGGGGGAACAGGGACGACGCGUCCAAGGCGAAGGAAUAUGUGCGAGGACUUUGUGACCCAGAACUGCAGAAAGAGGAGCGGUACCCCGUGGACAUGCACUGUAUCUUUGCUGGUGCCCGCGGCCUCUUCCUGGACAGGCUCAUACGGGACACGAGUGCCGAGGUUCAGGUGCCAGAGCCGGGUCGCCUGCGGCUGGUGGGCCAGGCCGAGCCUGUUGUGAUGGCGCAGAGCAGAGUUCAGCAGUUUGUAGCACUAUUCCAGGAGAAGCGAAGUCUACCUGGUGACAGAGAGCCUGCGGUGAAACGAGCGUUCAAAUCCUUCGUUGAGGAACGAGAUGAUAAAUACACGAUGGAGCUUCUUCUGCUGCCCAGUGCCCUGAAGGAAGAGUUACUGGGACUGGCUCACAGCCCCACCAGCACAAACACAUCCUCACUGACUCUGCAUCUCAGCACGGCGGAGGUCGACCAGGACCGCUCGCAGAGCAACACGCCAGUGACGGAGCUCUCCAACCGCAUCUUGGACACUAGCUUUGAAGAGAGAGGGGCCACGGUGGGAUCUGUCGGCGGAGCCGGGAAAGCGGGAGGAGGGAUAGGUUUAGGUGCCGAGACCGUCCUGCUCAACGGCACUCGGCCCUCACACAAGCGGCGCUCGUCUGAGAGCGAGACUCGGGACACAAAGAGACAAUACUCUCUGGAGCGGAGAGACGAGUCGCCAGAGAGAGCGAGAGAGCGACAGAGGGACAGAGAGGGCCGGGGCGCGAGUGGCAGCUGUAGAUCCAAAACGCCCUCGGCCUCAUCGUCUCUCUCCUCCUCUGCUAAAGCAAACACAGUCGGGCCGAUCAUGCUGGACUCCAGUGAAGGCAUCUCAGACGAGGGAGAGGCAGUCAGCCCGGAAACCAACCUCCGCUGCCUGGUCAAUUUCUUCAGGACCAUGGGUUACCAGCAGGACGUGGUGGAGCGUAUUGUCAAGGAGACAGGACAGACUGAGGAUACCUUCCUCGUCCUGGAGAAGAUCGUGGAGGAGACCAAGCGGUGUGAGGAGGGCUCAAAAGGAGGCGACAAAGAGAGAUGGCCCACCUCCAUACGCUCCUCGGACACGGCGUCCUCCUCGUCCUCGUCGUCCUCGUCCUCUACAGCCUCUCGUCUCAGAGACAAGGAGCUCAGCAGAGCGCUGGUUGACCCAGGCAGGUCUAAAGAGAACAUUAAGCCCAACCAGCACGGGAGCAGCAGCAGCAAUGGACUGGGCCACCGGAGGCAGUGCAGCGGCAGCGAGACGAGCACUCAGCAGGCAAUCACAAUCAAGAGGAGCUCCAGUGCUCAAGGAGGAGCAGGAAACUAUGAGGUCAUUACCAUUGUCGACGACGAUGAUGUCAUCCUCUCGGAUACCAAAACAGCAGACGGCAGUAUGUCCCGUAUGUUCGCGGCACAACUCGACACCCACUCGGGAUCCAGAACAGAUUAUCUGGCUCGGGGAGUGGGCGGCGGGAGUGGCGUCUCUCAGAGGGACUACCUGUCCAGGGGCGGGACUCAGACUUUAGGAGGAUUGGUGAAAGUCGAGAGUGUGACGGCGCUGCGCAGCACGCCUCAGUGGCUGGCGGCCACCACCACCUCCCUGGCGUCGACUCCCAGUUCAGCUCAGUCCAUCAACCGGCCCUCGGCCUUUCCCUAUCAGACCAUCGGCCACAUGGGCUUUCACGGGGGCUUGGCCAAGAGCCCUCCAGCAAACGACCCCCCUGCGCCUCCAGUGACCGGUCUGGGUCGUUUUCAUCAGUCGCUGAGGACGCCCUACACCCUGAAGCUGCCGAAUGAGCCGGGGCGUCCAGAGCUCAGACACAUCAUCAUCGAUGGCAGCAAUGUGGCUAUGGCUCACGGCCUUCAUCGGUUCUUCUCCUGUCGAGGCAUAGCCCUGGCUGUGGAGACAUUUUGGAGGCGGGGCCACAGAGAGAUCACGGUAUUUGUCCCCCAGUGGCGUCAGAAGAGAGACAGAUUCACAACAGAGCAACAUUUUCUAAACCAGCUGGAAGACCUGAGGCUGCUCUCCUUCACGCCGUCCAGAGAGGUCUGUGGUCAGAGGAUCUCCUCUCACGACGACAGGUUCCUGCUCCACCUCGCAGAAAAAACAGAUGGGAUCAUUGUUACCAACGACAACCUGAGGGACUUUGUCGACACCUCGGACACCUGGCGGAGGAUUAUUCAAGAGAGGUUGCUUCAGUUCACGUUUGUGGAGGACCACUUCAUGAUCCCUGACGACCCUCUGGGUAAAAACGGACCUCACCUGGACGUCUUCCUGCGAAAAGAGAACAGGAGAGCUGCAGUCACCCCGCCCCCUCAGAGACCCUCAGACCUGCGGCCGACCAGCCAGCAGCAGCAGCCGGUUUACGUCCAGGCCCUGCACUCCGCUCCUCGACCCCCCGCCUCCAUACCCCGGCCUCCUGACUGCCUGAUGCCCCACCCCACAGCGCACUGGCCCCACUCCGGUCCCCCUGAAUGGCACCCACCACGCCGCUCCCCCUCCCCGUCACCCGCGCCUCCGCCCCAGCGAUCCCCGGGGGAGACAUCGGAGCUGAAGAGGAAGCUGUACGACAUCUUCCCCGACCAGAAGCAGCGGAUCGACCGCAUCCUCAGCGACAACCCGUACAUGAGAGACCUGAACGCCCUGUCUGGGCUGCUGCUGGGAUAAAUGACUGUGCAGUGAGAAUCACACACAACGCAAACACUCACCUGCAAGGACAUACGUUCAUGUGUCAGCCUAAAUAUAAUUUAUUUUGCCAUCUUCCAGCCUGGAGGACAUUUAAAGUUUUUUUUUUUAUAUAUAUUAUUAUUUCACAUUAAGAUUGAUCAUCAAACUAGCUGCUACUGGCAAAGAGUAUUUUUGGGGAUGUUUUCCUUUUUCUCUCUCUCCCUCCACAAGAACAACACUGAACGAUCAAAAGUGUUAAUUCAACAUUGUUGUCAAGCAGAAAAAUCCAAAUCCAGAGGUUCCAUGAAUGUGGGACAAACACCAGGAGGAAACGUUUUGGACCAAAAGUGUUGACCUGGUCUCGUGGGUCAGCGGCUGCAGCUCGUGAUCAGCUUCUUUCUCCAACACCUCAUUAAACCAUCAGACUUUCGACACCUCUCACACACUCAGAGCUUUAUCUCCAUCAGAUUAUCGACACUGGCAGGUUUUUGCAUGUUUUCAGCACACGACGUCCGCUCACACUGUCGGGCAGCAGCAGGGUAUUGAACCUGACGUGAGUUAACCAUGUCAGACGUUCAAGGGUUCAACAUCAACAAGGGAAAUGUUUAAAAGUACCGCGCUUAAAACUUAAUCUCCUCGACGACGCCUUUACUGGUUCAGUUCAACGAGGACGGCGGUGGUGUCCUUCAUCAGAGAAACAUGUCGGGAUGAUGAGAUCAUUAGCUUUACCUACAAAUGAUCAUUUGUGUAAUUAUUGGACAGAAAUGACACAGAAGCAACUUUGAUUACAAAAGCAGAAUAAUUACAUAUAAUCUAACUAAAGAAACGCACUUAGGCUUGUUAUGGGCCAUUAUUUUGAGGCUGUAUAGAUGGGUAGUAACAGCAACCUGUAUUUUUUUAUAUAGAUUAUUAUUAUUAUUUCAGAAAUGGCUCACUUAUUGUACAUAUCCAGGCCGAGGUCGUCUCGUUUAUUGAAUCACUGCCCAUCUCUACGCCCUCCGAAUGUUUCCUGUAUUUUCGGACCUGGCUCAAUCUAAUAAGCUUUUAUUAUCUCCUCCCUCCACAGUCAGUGUGACACAAACUUUUUUAAGAGACCGUUUCUUCUUCUCAGUGAGGAUUUUGCUUUUUAAAUUGUUCCCUCGCCUAUAGGUGACAUUUUUUCGGCCGGACAUUUGUCAUUUAGAGAAACCUUCUCAAUGUUCAAUUGAAAUGUUCGAUAAAUUUGAGAAUCAGCUCGAUGAGAAAAGCCCCUGAGCUCAUGUUCUCCUUCACGAGAGACGUAUUCUCUCGUUAAACCUGACGUUUGAAGCCGAACUCAGGCGCUGAACCAGCAGUUGCUGCUCAGAUAAACUGUUUCUGAACAUCGCUUCAACAGGAAUUUGAGUUCAAGUUCAAUUACAGAAUGAGUUGUUCAGGUUUGAGUCGCCAUCCAACAGUGUUUCCAGGAGGAUGCAGUUACUAGUUCUUCAUCAGCGUUUUGUUCCGAGAUACUUUGCAAGUUAUUGGUCUUUACUCACACGUGCUUCUGACCUUGGAUGGAAACAAACACUACAAGAGUUUAGGAUUUAAUCUUUUUGUUGAUUGAAUGAAAUGGCCCCUUUUUUAAAAAAAAUUUCGGUUUCUCACCCCCAAAAUCCAGCAAACACCCCAUUUUUAUUUUAACUUGCAUUUGUAAUUAGUGUUAAUAGCUGAAUUCAAACCACUGAAGGUGAAUAACGAUGUAGUGAGUUUAACACUGUGCCACUGACGAAUCUUCAGAAAGCUUGUAGUGUUUUUCUACCCUCACACAGCCUGAGAACGUGGGGCUGCGGCAUCUGAGUUUUGUAUAAUACAAACACUUUAUCUCCUUGUAAGAAAAGAAUCUGCACAAAAAUCUUCACAAGGUGUCAAACGGUUCUGUUCAUACUUGCUUUGUUGUUGUUGUUGUGAGGAAUCACUGAAGGACUUUUAUUAUUAUAUUUCUUAGGUGUAUAUUCAUUCUUCUUUUUCUUUUUUGUAAAUACAAGCAUUUUUUGGCUGCAGUGCACAUAUAGUUUUAUGUAUGUGGAAAACAAAACUGAAUAAAACGCAGCAGUUCCCAUAAACUCAUGUUUGCAUGGUUGGACAGUGUUGACUGUUUAUCCUCCUGUUCUGUCACCUACAGCGUUUCACUUAUUGUUUUCUCUGAAUCAGUUUUUGUGGGGCAACGUUACUGUGAUGGCCAAAAAUUUUGUAUAAAGUAUUAAAAACGAACACUUCAAACAUU